GAGUGGUUGGUGUGUCGAGUUCUUCACUUACAGGAAACCUCUAUCAACGCCAUGGCAGAUGAUGAACCUGAGAAAGGAUAUACGUGGGAGGGAGAUUAUGAGAGAACUUGGGAAGCACUCCAAGAGGAUGAAGAAGGGUCGCUUCAGGCCACUGUGGAUGACAUCAUCCAGAGAGCUAAGAGGAGGAGGCUGGAAGAUAAACCCAGUAAUGUCAGGCUUGGUAUGGGUCAGAGAGUAUAACCACGUCAUCGAUUCGGACGUUCCUUCUGUCACUGUUCCAUUUUCGUCGUGGCACCAGUAGUGGAAAGACGUCACGCAUCCAACUCUUCCAGUACGCGUCGACGAUUCGCUGGACAAACUCAAAGCGAUGUCUCGGGUUCUUCGUCUCUCUGAAGGGUCCUUGAGGGACUGCGCUCGAAGAUCUACCAAGCAAAAGAUCGUUUGGACACAGAUAUGCUCCAUCAUCGGGAUCAUUCGGAGUUCUUCCGAUAGGGCGCUGGUUGACGAGAUUUGCGACCUCUUGGAGACAUGUAUGCAACUCAAAGGGUGUGACCAGUUGAUCCCCGACUGCUUUCUUCAAGGCGAUCUUGCAACUUUUAACUAACGCUUCAGCACAUCCAUUGUGAUGUGGUGCAGAUGGAGUGGUGAACUUCCAUGUCGUUCCUCUCUCGGCGCAGAAGUCCUUUAACUCCUCAUAGCUCCAACCUCUCACCAUCUCCCGUAACUCUCUUUCUGCCCCUACGAAUUGUGUACCGUUGUCACUUAGCAGUAAUGCAGGCUGACCCCGCACAGCAAAGAAUCUUCGUAGUACCUGCAUGAACUCCAUGGAUGAGCAAUCAACGGCCACUUCAAGAUGUACCGCUCUUGUAUUCAGGCAGGUGAAGAGGACCCCAUAGUGCUUGGCGGUCUUGUUCCUUCCAAUUUUGACUGAUAUCGGUCCAAAAUAGUCGACAGAUGAGAAGUGAAACGGUGGUGUAUAUGGGGCAACUCUCUCAUCUGGUAGAUCAGACAUGACUUGUGACUCAACCUGAUGCUCCAUGCGUCGGCAAAUCACACACCUAUACUUUACAGUCUUAGCCAGUUUAUGAAUUUUCAGGAUCCAGUAUUGACGUCGAACCUUCGCUGCAGUAGCUGCCACGCCUCCGUGUCCUAGCUGAUGCAUAUGUCUCGUUAUCAGCACUGAUACCCAAGCUCCAUGUGGCAGCAGAGCAGGGUGUUUGUGCUCAUAAGAAAUCAGAGCCUUGUCUAAUCGCCCUCCAACUCUGAUAAUUCCCUCGUUGUCUAUAAAAGGGCUGAGAGUCUUGAAUUCUCCAUUCUGUACACGUUGAUACAAGGAACUCUGGGCUUCCUUAAUUAGAAAGUGUUCAGCUUUCUGCAACUGAGUUGUCGAUACGUUUCCAUCUCCAAGAUUGACAUUAGACUUUGCCCGAAGUACAGCUUUGAGCUUGUCGAUGAACUUUAAAACAUAAGCCGUUACUCGGAUCAGUUUUUUCCAGCUGGAGAAUCUCUUGACAUCGAUCACAUCAUUGUUCUUGACUGAGAUAUGAUUAACCCUUCGUCGUUCUGCUUCAAUCUCAGUCUCUGCUUCUGGAAUAGCCUUUUCUGACGGCCAUUCCUCGUAAGAUCUGUACAAGAACGCAGGUCCUUGUUUCCAUCUUUCUGAGAGCUUCCUUACUGGCAGGCCCCUGGAGACGUCAUCUGCUGGGUUCAGCUCUCCGGGAACAUACUUCCAUUGUGCAGGGUUGGUAUAACUUUGGAUUUCUCCAAUCCUUGCUGCGACGAAUGGCUUAAAUCUCCUACCCUCACUUCGAAUCCAGGAGAGGGCAAUCAUGCUAUCAGUCAUGAAGAUGAUCUUUUCAGGCUUCAGACUCAGUUCUUUCAUCACUGUUGUGUAGACUCUUGAAGCCAUUACUGCCGCCUGAAGUUCAAGUCUAGGCACAGUCAUCUUUUUCAGGGGAGCAACUCGAGAUUUGGCAACUACAAAUCUAACAGCAUAUUUACCAUUUUCCAGCUUCCACUGCAAAUACACACAGACUCCAAAUGCUACCUCAGAUGCAUCAGCAAAUAUGCACAGUGAAGGGUGACCAACAGCCAUUGGUGGAGUCAGGCAUCUCUCAUAUUUGAUAUCAUUCAAGUCCUGCAUCUCUUUCAUGAAUGUCACCCACCACUCCUGUAGAUCGGGAGGCAGAAGUUCAUCCCAAUCAUAUCCUCUUUGCCACAACUGCUGCAUUCCAAUCUUUGCACGAACUAGAAAGGGGGCAGCAAAUCCUAUCGGAUCAAAUAUUCGUGCAAUUCUACUCAGAAUCUUCCUUUUGAUGCGUCAUCUUUUCAUCCUAUUGGACAGCUCACGUUCUAUGGAAGAUCAGGAUCUGAAACCUAACAGAUUAGCUUGCUGUUCAAAGUUGCUGGAGGAUUUCAUUGAGGAAUAUUUUGAUCAGAACCCUAUAAGUCAGGUUGGAAUCAUCACAACCAGUAAUAUGAGAGCAGAGAAAUUGACGGAACUUGGAGGGAAUCCCCAGAGACAUAUCACUGCAUUGGAGAAGUGUAGUGAUAAACCAUGUGUGAAAGAACCUUCUCUACAGAACGCAUUGGAGUUGGCCGCUGCAACCCUAAGACACAUGCCUGGUCAUGCUAGCAGAGAGGUACUUGUUAUCAUGGGGAGUUUGACUACAUGUGACCCUGGAAACAUUCAUGAUACUAUACAGGCCAUGAAGGAUCAUAGCAUACGUUGUUCUGUCAUUGGUCUAGCAGCCGAUGUAAGAGUGUGUCGAAAACUAGCUACAGUUACACAUGGUACAUAUGGUGUGAUCCUUGAUGAGACUCAUUUCAAAGAACUUCUAAUGGAACAUACCAUACCUCCCCCUGCAAGGGCCAACACAGAGCCAUCACCUAUUAGAAUGGGUUUUCCACAGCAUGUGCUUCACACAGACAAAAGCAAAGUCAGUGCCCCAUCUAUGUGUAUGUGCCAUCUUGAUGGUAAAAACUCGGAGGGCUUUGGAACCGGUGGAUAUUUCUGUCCGCAAUGUCAGAGCAAGUACUGUGAACUGCCGGUCGAAUGUAGAGUGUGCGGGUUAACACUUGUCUCAGCCCCUCACCUUGCUCGUUCCUUUCAUCAUCUCUUCCCGCUGGACAGGUUUGAAGAAUUUAAGAGAGAAGACCAUGUUCAUCCAGACUCCCUAUUCUGUCAUGGCUGUCAAUCUCACAUCAAAGACCAAACGGCAUUUCGAUGUCCCAAGUGCAGUAAGAUAUUUUGUCUCGACUGUGAGCUGUUCAUACAAGAGUCUCUUCACUCCUGUCCUGGCUGCGCUAGUACCAGACCAUCGCAAUCUCUACACCACCAGACCAAUGGAAACAGAAUUCUGCACAGCUGAUAAAGUUCAAGAUUAAAACCUGGUGUGAACGCAUCUGACUGACGAUAGAUGGAAAUUGACAUUAUAUUUUGCAUCGCAGAAACAGUUCAAGGUUAAAUCUUGGGUGGAUGCAUGUGUGAUGGGCCAUCAAAACAUGGAAACUGUCUUUUCCUAAGCUGAUAACGUUCAAGAUUAAACCCGAUGUGAACGCACAUGUGACCAGCAUUAGAAACUUUAUUUGGAAUCGCAGGAACAGUUAAAUUUUCAAUCUUGUGUUGUGUGGAUGCAUGUGGUGGUGAUUUUUUUACCCGAUUGCUAAGAAAGCAUGAAUGCUUGUACACAAGCAACCACAGGACUGACGGCUCAAGGUCCUCUCUGAAGGACCUGGUAAUGAGGAUUAUGCCUUCCCAAAGGGCACUAGCGCACCAAGUGAGAAUCGAAUGCGUGAUGGACCAUCAAACCAUGGAACCAUUGCUGAUACAUUUUGGGAUUAGACUUUGUGUGAACGCUCAUCUAAAGGGUCAUGAACGCAGUUCAGGAUUUAAAUCUUAAAUGUGAAUGCACUCUUAAGUGCUGAAUCCAACUGACUGGCCAAGGUACCAGUGGAAACUGUAUUUUACAUUGCUGAUACAAUUAAAGAUUAAAUCAUGUGUGAAUGCACUCCUAGUGAAACUGAUCGGCCAUGGUACCAACGUAAACUGUACCAUAUUUUGCAUUGCAGUCUUAGUUCAAGAUUAAAUCUUAUGUGAACACAUAAUAAUAAUAAUAUAGGUAUAUUUACCCAGGGAAGCCACUUCAGUUCUGAAAACUGUUCUCCCAGCGGGCCCUGCCAUUAUUACCCCGGCUUUAGCUGGGCUGCCGAGGCGCUCAAGCAUUCAAGGAAUUUCUUCCUACCGGGUACCCAUUCACCUCACCUGGGUUGAUUGCAGCACAGUGUGGAUAAAUUUCUUGCUGAAGGAAAUUACGCCAUGGCUGGGAAUCGAACGCACGACCCUCUGUUUCAAAGUCAGAAGACUAAUCCACUGGGCCACAACAUAUCACCCAAUUGCUUCAAGAACAGUAGGAUAAACACAACAGGAGAGGAAAUUAAAUUGGAUUAUGUAUGGGCUUGGAAACAUUUCAUGAAAGGAAAUAAAAUACUAGAAUACAGUAUUUUGGUUGUGUACAGUUCUUUAUUUAACAGACAGUACUUCAAUACAAAAAAACACAGACCACAUAGAAGAAGCCACUCCCAGAACCACUUCCUCAGUACAUUUUAAUUACAAAAAUGCAGGACAAUAACUUCUUGUAUCAUUCUCUUUGCUGAAACCACGAGGUACAUUUACUUCUAUACCUGUUUGACCUUCCAGUUUAUUUUUUUUCUAGUCCCCCCCCCCCCCCCCCCGAGACAUAUUCAUACCAAAAGCACUCAACCAUCAAGGGUUUCGUAACAAGAGCUUAGCCUUUGAUCAUGUGAUCAGUUUUACAAUUCAUUACAGAUUACGGUCAAUAAAAUCAACCAUAAAAUAAUUAUUCUACGAUGAUUGCUAAGCUUUACAUGACAGGGCCCAGAGUUCAGGGUCCUGUUUCACAAGACUUGUUAUAAUAACAAAUGCACUGUCAUCCAAUCAAAUCAAAUGAUUUCAGUAGCUUAAAACUGUUGUUGCAAAUUUUUUAUUAUAACAAGUUUUAUGAAGUGGACCCCAGAUCUUAAAUACAUGACCAACCUCGUAGAGACCUGUGUGGAACAGUUACUUGCGAAACCUGAACAUGGUCAUGAUUCUAUUCAUAAAUCAUGAAGUAAUUAAUUCAUGUAAGCUGAGCUGAAAGAACACAGGUUUGAUCUUCAAUAUAAUAAUUAUACCAGUACCAGCCGCACAGAAACGUUGUUAGCGCUAACAGAGCACUAACAGUAGGCCCGGUCGCAUCUUUCAGAUUGCGAUGUCUUUAAUUCAAGAUGUAAAAUACAUGUUGUGACAUUAGGCAUCACUGCGAUAUUAACGGUUGUAACGGUGCCUCUGUUAGUGCAUUGUUAGUACUAACAACAAUUUCUCUGCGGGGCUGGUACUCGUAAGAACCUCCAAUGUUAAAUGCAGCCAAUGAAGUUUAACCCCCCCCCCCCCUCCAACUAAUCUUUGCAUCUAUCAACAUAAAUAAUACACCCUACACAAUAACUAACCCUUUAUAAAUAAAUGAGUUUUCGUAAUAUCAGGUUAUAUAUAUUCCACAACGUGAAUCAGCACCAUAGAUGUUAUUUGCAGAUGACAAAAUCAAUGAAUCCUAGCAAGCUCAGUUCUCCUAGGGUGCCCUCACCUCACCGCGUCUUACAUCACGAAUCCCGUCUCUGGAUUCCUACAUGAAAGAUGCGGCUCUGAUUUCCGGUAAGGCACCUAAUUACAUUGUAAACAGUAGAUGCUUUUUUUUUCCUCCAAAUUCUAGACAGGAAAAGCUUUGAAGCAUUAGGGGCAGUUUCACAAGCAAAUACUGCCCUCUAUCCCUACUACUUCUAUUUUUUUAUCUUGUCUACAUUAUUUAGGAGUGCAGCAUUAUCAUGAUCUGCUUUUAAAGUCAUUUUAAAGUACAAGGCAAGUACUAGUAAUACAAUCCUACAAAUUGCUAUGCGCAUACAUUGUAUCUUUGAACAAGCCAAGCUCUAGCAGACAAGAUUAUAUCACCUAAUAUGCCUAAUGUAAAUAUUUGUCAAUAUCCUACAUGCAACUCUCUUUUCUUUCCAUCAUCACCUUCAUAUGUCAAUAAAUAUAUACAUGUAUUUAAGCUUCCGCUAUUGCUUUGAUGCGUGACAAUUGCUUCUGAUAUCCACGCUCAUUCGACCUAAAAACAAGUUAAACAUUCAGAAGCCUGGUCAAAAUGAUUUGCUUGAAUUCUGCCCUUUUCCUCUUCCUCAAAAUAUGUCAGAAUGCCCAAAGUAUAUAAAGAUAAAUACAUGCACCGUAUCACAGAAGGAUGAAGAAGUAUUUAUCUUGGCCCUGCCAGUUGCAACACUUCAUUUGGACACAAGUAGUCACAGGCAAGAUGCCAUUCAACAAAUAUACCUCAA